AUGGCUCUAACGUUCACCAAGGAACAGAUGGCUCAACUAAGUGAAGUUCUAGAUGCGAAUCUAGACCAAAAGCUUCAGUCAUUGGAGAACAGAGAAGACAACGGGAUUCUGCGCGCCAGAUUAAAUAUGUUGGAGACUCAGGUCAGGUGGAACUACAUCGAAAUCGUGAACUAUCCUCUGAACCGCCCGCUGGAGCCGUCGGAAAUUCUACAGCGCAUGUGCGAAAGAAUAUCGACUGGCUUCACGAACGAAGCCCUCAUCUCCACGAACUUCGUUGAUAGACCGAAGUCAACAAAUGUAGUGGAGACUCGCAACAUCGUCGCCGAAUCCUCGAACCCCUCACAAGCAGAGCGUUUCACCGAAUGCGCUCAGGUCCUGAGUGAAUCGAAGAAUGGAUUCAUGGCGUUAUGCAAUGAUACGGAUGUCAACAUAUUCACUGAAACCUCGCUCUUCCCAGAGCGUGGGAAUCUCUACAAGAUAGCGGGCUUCAGAGCCUUCUUCACUUCAGAUGCAUCAUAUAGAGCGGGGGAAGAUGCAGUAUUCAUCUCCCUCUUCGCCACCUCGACAGCUUCGAGCUUCGCGACCAUAUGUGGAUACGAUUCUCGAGGCAAUGUCCCCGAUUCGGAGGGAGUGAGCGACCACUGCAUGGUUGAGCUACAGUUCACCAUUGGCGCCCCGACUAAAAGCAAGAGACUAACAGAAGUGAAGAGGGUAGACUUCGAUCCCAUUAAAACCUCCCUGCUUGAGAUAGAUUGGACGAAAGCUCUAGGUGGUAUGUCGACUGACGAGAUGGCAGACAGCGUCUGCGCUGAAUGCCUGUCUACCAUUGAGGAAUGCACUUCGACCAUCACGAUGAGCAGAAGAUUUCUGCCGGUCAAGGAAUUGGUCACGCCUGGUCUGGUUAGAUCCAUCAGAAAGCGAAAGAAACUUUACAAAAGGUUGAGGAUACACCUGACCGUGGCCGCGAGGAUCGAGUAUGAGUCGUACAAGAAGGUCCUGUCCCGAUUGAUAAGGAAAGUCAAGAAUGAGUUCUUCAAAAAAGAAUUGGACGACACAGCUGUUGAUCCGAGGAGAACAUGGAGAGUGAUCACCGCCUUCUUCAGAGGCAAUGAGGGGGGACGGCACUUGAAUACGGAGAUGGUGCGAACGACGGCUAACGACAUCAAUAGUCAUUUCGCUGAGAUUUGCCCAGAGUCGAUCUGCGGCGAACAUCUCGCUGACCCAAUGCUAAUGUUGAUCAGAAAAAUCUUUGACUCGGCUCAAUUCCCGAGAUGUUUCAAGCGAGCUCAUCUGUUCCCCAUACAUAAAUCGGGGCCCCUGUCUGACAUCCUCAAUUAUCGGCCGAUUUCCCUACUUCCAGUACUCAGAGAGGGUGUUGAGAAGGUCAUCGCCAGCCAACUUUCGGAUUAUCUGGCGAUCAACGGCCUGCUCGAUGACGAGCAGUUUGGAUUCAGGAGGAACCGGAGCUGCGAGGAUGCCGCUCGCUUGCUGGCGGAGCAUACGACCUCCGCGAGGGAAAAAGAUGUAAUGAGUAUCGCCAUAGUCUGUGAUCUGAGUCGAGCCUUCGAUACUGUCAAUAUUGAAAGGCUGAUUAACAAACUCGAGACGCUUGGCGUCAGAGGAGGCGCUCCACGGCUGUUCAGAUCCUACCUCGAUGCUCGUGAGCAGUUCUUCAGAUCAGACAACUUUCUCAGUGAAUCCGCACCUCUAACCUGUGGAGUACCCCAAGGAAGCAUUCUCGGUUUUCUUAUCUUCAUAUGCUACAUGAAUGAUCUCUUCAACAAUGGUCUGGUGGCUAGCGAGGUGAAAACCAUAGUCUUUGCGAAUGAUACGGUUCUUCUAUUUGAGGGCUCGGACAUUCAUCAACUAUACCUCGAAGCGUCAUACGGUAUCUCAAAAGUUCUUAACUGGAUGAACACAAAUGGCCUCCUUCUCAACAUCAAGAAGACGAAAUUCAUGCGUCUCGGAGGCGGCGGAAGAGGACUGAGAAGAUGUUCAGCCCACACGAACUUCGUCAUACUGUUCAAUGCCCCACCGCCCGAUCUGAAACAGUGUAUCUCACGCAAUAAGCGGAAGGUCACGAAGAAAAUCAAAGUCGCCUUCCUAGAGGAGGAACCCUGUAACCUAGACGUAAUCUCCGAAUAG